UAUGUGGUGACGAAGAUUUUUAACGGAAUCUCGACAAUUGGUUUCUGCCCAAAGGUCUAGGGUUUUGCUCUUCACUUCCACUUCCACUGCUUUCAAGGUCCACUUCCACUGCUUUCAUUUCCUUUCCUGAGGCUCUAGCUCUGCGAUUCGACUUGCAGGACCCGGGACCAUGGCUAUGGCAGCUGCCGCAGCUGUGGCCUCCCAGGGUCUGUUAGCUACAUCUUCUCAGCAGCAGAAGAAAUCUUCCGCCAAACUCAUUUGCAAUGCUGCCACAUUCUUUUCGGGGAAGAGAUUGCUCUGGGUGAAGAGCUGUAACAACGGCGCUGUAGGGCUGCGCGCGAGUGGGGUGCGUUGCGAGGCGCAGGCGAUUGAGAGGGAGGCAGUGAAAGCGGAUGCCGGGAAUAGUCGCGAGGAGGAUGCAUUCAGUGGGUUGAAGCAGGUGUGUGCUGUGUUGGGUACGCAAUGGGGUGACGAGGGGAAGGGCAAGCUCGUCGACAUAUUGGCCCAGCGCUUUGACGUCGUUGCUCGCUGCCAGGGAGGUGCAAAUGCCGGCCACACUAUCUAUAACGAUAAGGGCGAAAAGUUUGCACUUCAUUUGGUACCUUCUGGGAUCCUCAAUGAGAAGACCACGUGCGUUGUUGGCAAUGGAGUAGUGAUUCAUCUUCCAGGAUUCUUCAAAGAGAUAGAUAACCUAGAGUCGAAGGGUGUCAACACCAACGGUCGUCUGCUAGUGUCCGACCGUGCCCAUCUGCUCUUCAACUUGCACCAAGAGGUCGAUGGUUUACGUGAAGCCGAGCUGGCAGGACAAAUGAUUGGGACAACGAAGCGUGGCAUUGGUCCUUGCUACGCCAGUAAGGCCAUUCGCAAUGGUAUUAGAGUGAGCGACCUCCGCCACCUGGAUACAUUCCGGGAGAAAUUGGACAUUCUUUACCGUGAUGCUGCUGCCCGGUUCAAGGAUUUUGAGUACUCCUCCGAUGAAGUAAAUGCUGAGAUGGAAAAGUAUGUCAAGUAUGCGGAGAGACUGGAACCCUACAUCGUUGAUACUGUAGACUACGUAAAUGCUGCUAUUGCUGAAGGCAAACGCAUAUUGAUUGAGGGAGGCCAGGCCACCAUGCUCGACAUUGAUUUUGGAACGUAUCCUUUUGUCACGUCUUCAAAUCCUUCUGUUGGAGGAAUCUGUACUGGUUUGGGAGUAGCACCCAACCGUCUCGGUGACAUCGUUGGUGUUGCUAAGGCGUACACAAGCCGUGUUGGCUCAGGCCCAUAUCCCACAGAGCUCUUCGGUGAGGAAGGAGACGAGCUUCGUAAGGCUGGGUUUGAGUGGGGAACCACUACAGGCAGGCCUCGUCGCUGUGGCUGGCUGGACAUAGUCGCCCUAAACUUCGUCUGUACCAUCAAUGGUUUCACCGCUAUCAACCUCACUAAACUUGAUGUCCUCUCUGGACUGCCUGAGGUGAAACUAGGAAUUGCUUACAAAACCCCAUCCGGCGAGAAGCUUAGAGCGUUCCCUGCUGAUCUGUCUAUCCUCGAGCAAGUUGAGGUGGAGUAUGAAAUCUUGGAAGGGUGGAAAGAGGACAUCACUAAAGUUAGAUCGUAUGACGAGCUACCAGCUGCUGCACAAAGGUAUGUGGAGAGGAUAGAGGAGCUUAUUGGGUUACCCUGUCAGUAUAUUGGUGUGGGUCCUGGUCGAGAUGCUUUGAUUGUGAAGCAAUAGUUGGUAGCUUAGUUGUAGAGAUUUCCCAGGUGCUAUAUCUGUGGAAUAAUUUUGGGGCUUCCUGAAACUUUUGAUCCCUUGAUUACCGGCAUUGCUUUGAAAUGCUGCUUGUUAUCCUUAUUUUGUUAUUGCUCUUCAAUAAACUUAGCUUUACUUUCCCUGUUGACAA